CUUCCCAAUUUGACUUUUCGAAGACGCAAUGCUGCUUGUUUUUCCUUCUGCUACGUCGAACUCGAAAACUGUGCCAUGGCAAACGAAUCUAUUGUCAACGUUCGCUUUAUUGAUGAAUUAAAGGGAAGAGGUCUGUUUGCUUCAAGAGACAUAGCAGCGGGGACCGUACUUUUCGAAGAGAAGCCUCUCGUCUGUGCACAAUUCUUAUGGAACGAGUGCUACCACUAUGAGGCAUGUGAAUACUGCAUGAGGUCGAUGGAAAAUGCUGAAGAAAUGGCCAGACGUCUAUCGGCCAACCCUUCGCUGGUGCUUCCCUGUAUGGAGUGCUGUAAGGCAGAGAAACAAAACUUUGUGCACUGCCCCCAUUGUCGGGUUGCGUAUUGCUGCAGUGAGUGUCGAGAGCAGGCGUGGAAUCAAUAUCAUCAAGUCCUCUGUUUAUCUCAGCAUCCUCCUGACCCAAAUCACCCUCUAGUCAUCCUUCAAGAAGUUUGGAAAACAAUGCACUACCCUCCUGAGACUACCAGUAUUAUGUUGAUUGCCAAAAUGAUUGCAUCUAUCAAACAGGCCAAGUCAAAGGAAGAAAUCUUAGCAUCCUUCAACCAGUUCUGCCAUGUGCCCCAGAAUGAAGAGAGACAACUGUCACACAAACUGCUUGGGAAGCAAUUUGAGGGUCAGUAUGAAGCUCUUCAGCCUUUGUUACUCAAUGCACUCCAUGAAGAAUCAGUUGCUCAGUGGUUUACUCCAGGGGGCUUGAGAUCUCCGUUUGCUCUUAUUGGUAUGAAUGGACAAGGGGUCGGGUCUAGUUCUCUUAGUGUAUAUGUACACAAUUGUGAUGAGCUUGAUUUGGAAGCAGAGGAAAGACAUAAUCUAGACCAGUUUAUUGACCAGCUUUAUGUGGAAAUGGAGAAAGGUAUUGUAGACAUCAUGUUUGUACACUCAAAAUAUUUGCUUGUCUCGGAAUCAGGAGCAUUCCUGAAUUGUGAGGGUUCAGCUCUCUAUAAACUCCAAAGUUGCUGUAAUCACAGCUGUGUACCAAACGCAGAGAUUAGUUUUCUUCACAAUAACUCCACCCUUAGCCUUGUUGCUCUCACAGAUAUUACUGAGGGACAGGAAGUAUUAAUCAGCUAUCUGGAUAAAUGCUGUAAAGAAAGGAGCAGACAUUCUAGACAAAAAGAGUUACGGGAGAACUACCUCUUUAGCUGUGACUGCUCAAAGUGCAGACUCCAGUGUGAUGACCCUGAUGUAACAUCCAGUGAGGAGGAGGAGGAAGAGGAAGAGAUGGAGGAUGGAGAAGCAUCACAGGCAAAGAACUAAUAUACAGUCAAACCUGCUUCAGUGACCACCUGUGUAGAAAGACCACCUGUCUACAGAGACCAAAUUUGUUG